AGUUUUGAGGUGGGAGAGAAAUACAUAUACAUACAUACAUACCUUUUAUUUAGCAAUAAGUGAGAGCGCGACCAAAAAGGCGGGCUAUGGAAGGCGGCUCCUCCGCGUCUCCGCCGUUCGACGCUACCAACUCGACGGCAGCCUCUACCGGCGGAGCCUCCAAGUUCCUUGCCAACCUCCCCACUCGAGGCCUCCUCUCCUCCGCCGUCAUCUCCACCAACCCGGGUGGAAUGCGAGUUUAUAUCUGCGACCAUGAUACAUCACCAUCAGACGACCAGAUUAUAAAAACAAAUCAAACAAAUAUCUUGAUUAGGUCCCUUAUGCUUAAGAAUCAAAAUGGCAGCUGUAAUUCAAAGGAUGGAAAAAGCAACCAAGGCUCUAGGAAACGGGCUUCUGAAAAAUCGUUGGAAAAAGCAGGAAAGAAGGCUAUGUCUAGCACUAAUCAUGGUACUUCUCAAGGAGGAUCAUCAAUAGCCCCCGACAGAGAUCUGCAGAACUUGACAGUAGAUAGGCUCCGAGCUCUUCUUAAGGAGAGAGGCCUCUCGGUGAGGGGAAGAAAGGAUGAACUGAUUGCUCGAUUGAGAGGCGCGAGUGGAUGAUAAAGAGAGAGAGUUGUGAAGAAGAGUCCAUUUGGGCAAACAUUUCUUGGAGCAAAUCAGCUGUAAGAUUACCUUUUUUAUAAUUUGAAUCUCUACUUGACUUGACUUGACUUACAUUGAUUAAUAUUUUGGUGCAACUUUUUUGUGUGUUCUUAAGAGUGGCUUUGAUAGAUUGCCAUUGGUUUUUUAGUGAAACUUUUUUCUUUUCUUGUUGGCUUUAA